AUGGAAAUCCCUGGUGCUGAUAUUUCAGACUUUUUUAACUUUGGCCUUGAUGAAGAGAAGUGGAAAGAUUUUUGCAAGCAGCUGGACCAACUUCGACUAGAAUCCACAAUGCAAUCUAGAAUACGGGUGUACGAAAGUGGCCGUUCCGAACAGGAUUAUGACCCAGAUUUGCCACCGGAGCUAGCGGCUGUGACUGGUCAUCCAGACAUCUCUGCUGACAGUCGCAAUAAAACGGAUAACAGCCAUACAGAUUUUAGUGCCCAAGGAAGAGGUCCGGCAAACGUGCGGACACCAGUGAUGACAGGGAGACCUAUACAAGUUGAAACUAAUUAUACAGACCGGUUUCCAUCUGUUGAUUCACGCCCACAUCGAAUGCGUGAAUCAGAUUCUGUUAUUGAGAUUGUGUGCCAGGGCCGUGAUUCAAUGGAUGAUGAGACAGUGGACCAAACUGAAAAGGAUUCUCAAGGAGGUAAUAAAGGAGUCCAUGAUGUUGAGGAGGGAAAGUCGUAUCCAUCGGAUAAGAUUAAUAAUUCUGGCUAUAACUCAUAUUCGGUGAUAAAGACAGAACAUAAGAGACAGCUACCAGUUUCAUCUGAAAGUGAUAUGUUAUCCACGGAUGUCAAUGCUCAUUCCCCUCCCAGCUACAAAACAAGAGUGUUCUCCUCGUGGAUCAAUGUCAUUGAAAGGAAGCUCACUGGGUCAGAACUCUAUUCGAGAAACUGAAAGCUCCAACGAAGUAAUACCUCGUCAGUCAUCUUCAAAGAGACACCAUGAUUCCCGGAAAGAGAACCUUGUUGAGGGCUCAGAAAAUAAGGGUGACUCAGAAGGGUCACUUGCUGCUAAUGAUGACGUGGCAGAUAAACUGAGUACAGAAGAUCAUUUUGAUGGUGGUGGUGGUGGUGGUGAUGAUGAUGAUGAUGAUAAGCUCGCAUUGGUUGGUAGUGUUGAAGUGGAUGGUGAUGAUGCUACCUCAGACCCCAACACGCCUAGUGAUGCAAAUGAGGAUGAUAGCCUGGUUCACUCUGAUAAAAAGCACAAACAUAUAUCUGUGGUUGAACAACCUACUGGACACAAUAGCAGUGAAGCUGAUGAAUUGAGGGCUAGUGAAAA